AUGAUUUCUUUGAUUUAUUUUAUCUUAUCGUGCACCUCUUUAGCUCAAAUAACUGACCUUAAAAGAAAUGAGCUUGAUCUCGCUAAAGAGCUAAAAGAGGUUUCUCAGCUUAUUAAAGCUCUAAAAUCCUCCACCCAAAAUUCUUAUAUCUUAUCACUACAAACUGAGCUCAACUCUCUUAAAGAUGAAAUGGCAAAAAUCGGAUCAUCAUUGGAGUCUCUGGAAAAGUCAUCAAUAGAUGCUACACAAGAUCAUCAAGUUUUGGACUUUAGCAAAGUAGAUGAUGGCAUUAAAACAAUAGAAAAGCUAAAUGAAAAUAUCGCUGUAUUGGAAGCAAGAAUGAUAAUUUUGGAUGAUAGAAAUAUCACCCAGAAAAUGGAUGAUUCUAUGGAACUUGUAGAUAAUUAUGAUAGAGAAAUAAGAAGCACCACUUAUAGAGUGAAAGAACAGCUUGAGGAGAUGGAAGCAAUAAUAAAAAAGGAUAAAAGGCACUAUUGGAUUUAUGGUUUCGUUGGAGCAAUGACUUUAGCUGUUUUAAUUAGCUGGUGCAUUGUAAAAGAAGCAGAGCACCCAGAACAAAAAACAGAAUAA